GGGCGGCCAUGUGGGCGGCUGAGGCGCGGCUGCUGGCCGGGGAGGCCCUGGCGGGAGGCGUCCGGGGCCGGGGCCGGGCUGCGGCUGCCCUGCGGGCCCUGUCCCAUUCCCGGCCCCUGCCGCUGGCGGAGGAGGCGCCCGGGGCCGUGGGCCCCCCGGGGCGCCGGGCCCUGCAGCGCUUCCCCGCCGCCCCGGAGCUGGCGCGGACGGUGGCGCGGACCCUGCGGCUGCGGCCCGGCGCCGGGCCCUGCGUCUUCGAGUGCAACCCGGGUCCUGGCAUCUUGACCCGUGCAUUACUCCAAACUGGGGCUCGAGUGGUAGCACUUGAAAGCGACGCAGCUUUUCUUCCCCAUCUGCAGUCUUUAAAGAACAGUCUAGAUGGACAACUAGAAGUGGUCCAUUGUGAUUUCUUUGCCCUGGACUGUAACAGUGAGAUCCUGAAACCCCCCGCAAUGCUGUCAGAGCAUCUCUUUGAAGGCUUGGGAAUCCAAGAGGUUCCCUGGACAGCAGAUAUUCCUGUCAAAAUAGUGGGAUUCUUACCCUCGAGAAGAGAACCUCAUACACUUUGGAGACUUUUAUACAGCCUCUAUCAGCGUCUUUCUGUAUUUAGUUAUGGUCGCAUAGAACUGAACAUGUUUCUUAGUGAAAAAGAAUACACGAGACUGGUUUCAAAACCUAAUGAAAAGAAGUAUCAAGCACUAAGUGUACUGUGGCAAAUUGCUUGUGAUAUUGAACUUUUGCACAUGGAGCCUUUAUCAUCAUUUGUAAUGAACUCCAGAAAUUGUGUACCUCAAAAAUCAAAGAAGGUGGAAUCGCCAAGUAACUUGUGUUUGGUGAAAAUGACUCCUCGGAAGGAUUUAUUUUCAGAAAGCCUGACACCUCUAAACUCAACAUUUUUUUUUCAUUUGGUGAAACAGAGUUUUGUGAAACACAAGUUUAAAUUAAUGGACAACUUAAACUUAUGGAAUCCUUUUGACGGAGAGAAUAUAUUGAAACGGUUAAAGAGACAAGAAGAUGAUACUUUCAACAGCUUGUUCCCACAUGAGUUCAAAUACCUUUUUGAAGCCAUGGAAGGUUCCCAAUCAUUUUCCCAGAUGUGGCUAUUUGAAAAUGUAGAGCAACUAACCUCUAAAUCAUAAAGAAUUUAAUGCCUGAAGCGAUUUCUUUACUUUGCAGAGUACAUUAUGAUGCAAAUGAAAAAUUGGCAUCCAUUCAGGAGAGGAUCUACAUUCUAGCUCUACAGAGAUCUGAAAGAUCAAUGCAUCCUGAGAGUUCACUUUUUAAAAAAAAAACAAAAAACCAAACAGUUGCUGCUAUUAGUUUGAGAUAUUUUAUUGAUGGAAAAUCAAGCAUUGGACGAUUUAGUUCUAAUUGAAAAAUUAACAGGCAUCUCUUGUCUAUGUUUUGAUUUGGUUUGUAAAUAGAAAAUAUCCCAACAUGAACAUAGAUGUAUUUAAUUAAAAAAAAAACCUCAAAGUGAAUGUUUUAAGAUUUUAAAAUGUUAAUUGCGUCAUUUCUGUUUAGGUGGGACAGAAAUUGUUGACAAAUAUGUAAGCCCUUUUACAAGUUUGUUUUUACCCUUCAGUUAGCCAGGUUGCUGUGCAAACAUGGUAAGGUGACAUGUAAGUUUUAUUUCACUUUUGAAAUAUUAAAGUUAUUUUUUACUAUU